ACAUACGCACGCGAACUGUCUUUUCACACCGUCGUUUGGUCGCGUUGUUUGUGGUUUUGGUGCAAUUUUUAUCAAAAGUUUACAGUGCUAAAACAUUCGGAAAAGGUUCGGAAUUUUAGCUUAAGUUCGUAAGCACUACUUUGUGCAUCGUUUUCGCUUAGGAUAACGUUCGGUGGAAUCGUUCCGGGAGUGCAGUGAGCGUGUGUUUAUUACGCAGUCCUCGGUGAAGGCCGGCGACAAACAUGGCUGCACCGAUCGAAAUCCCGCUGCGGGAUACGGACGAGGUGAUAGAGCUCGAUCCGGAACAGCUUCCGGAGGGCGAGGAAGUGCUUGGCAUCUUGCGCCAGGAACGGUCGCACCUCAAUACGUGGGUUACAGUUGCGUUGGCGUACUACAAGCAGAAGAAAACGGAUGACUUCAUCAAGAUUCUCGAGGCGUCCCGUGUGGACGCCAACAUCCACUACCGUGACUUUGAGAAGGAUCAGAUGCGUGCGUACGACAUGUUGGCCGCGUACUACGUACAGGAAGCGAACCGUGAAAAGUCGAAGGAUAAAAAGCGUGAUCUGUUCACGAAAGCGACCCACCUGUACACGACGGCGGACAAGAUCAUCAUGUACGAUCAGAACCAUCUGCUCGGGCGUGCGUACUUCUGUCUGCUGGAAGGCGAUAAGAUGGAUCAGGCCGAUGCACAGUUCAAUUUCGUGCUGAACCAAUCGCCGUCCAACAUUCCGUCGCUGCUCGGUAAGGCCUGCAUUGCGUUCAACAAGAAGGAUUAUCGGGGAGCGCUUGCGUUCUACAAGAAGGCGCUCCGCACGAACCCGAACUGUCCCGCCGCGGUACGGCUCGGUAUGGGGCAUUGCUUUCUGAAGCUAAGCAAUCCGGAAAAGGCCAAGCUAGCGUUUCAGCGGGCGCUCGAUCUCGAGCCGCAGUGUGUUGGGGCGCUGGUAGGGUUGGCCAUACUGAAGCUGAACCUUCACGAGCCCGAAUCGAACCGGAUGGGUGUACAGAUGCUGUCGAAGGCGUACACGAUCGAUUCGACCAAUCCGAUGGUGCUGAACCAUCUGGCCAAUCAUUUCUUCUUCAAGAAGGACUACCAGAAGGUGCAGCAUUUGGCACUGCACGCGUUUCACAACACGGAAAAUGAAGCGAUGCGGGCGGAAAGCUGCUAUCAGCUGGCACGAGCGUUCCACGUGCAGCGCGAUUACGAUCAGGCGUUCCAGUACUACUAUCAAUCGACACAGUUUGCGCCGGUGAGCUUUGUGCUGCCUCAUUUCGGGCUCGGGCAGAUGUACAUCUAUCGCGGUGAUUCGGAAAACGCCGCACAAUGCUUCGAGAAGGUGCUGAAAGCGCAACCGGGCAACUACGAAACGAUGAAGAUUCUUGGUUCACUGUACGCGACCUCCUCCUCGCAAUCGAAGCGCGACAUUGCGAAGAACCAUCUGAAGAAAGUCACGGAACAGUUCCCGGACGAUGUGGAAGCGUGGAUCGAGCUGGCACAGAUCCUGGAACAGAAUGACCUACCCGGAUCGCUGCAAGCGUACGGUACGGCUACAAGCAUACUGACGGAAAAGGUAAACGCGGACAUACCGCCCGAGAUACUGAACAAUGUGGCGGCCCUGCACUACCGGCUGGGCAACCUGGACGAGGCAAUGGCGAAGCUGGAGCAGGCGAUCGAACGGGCCAAGAUUGAGGCGCAACAUGACGCCCAAUACUACGAUUCCAUCUCCGUCUCGAUGACGUACAAUCUGGCCCGCCUGUACGAAGCGAUGGCCGUGUUCGACAAGGCGGACAAGCUGUACAAGGACAUCCUGAAGGAGCACCCGAACUACAUCGAUUGCUACCUGCGGCUCGGCUGCAUGGCCCGUGACAAGGGACUGAUUUUCGUCGCGUCCGAUUUCUUCAAAGACGCCCUGAAGAUCAACAUGGAAAACCCGGACACACGAUCGCUGCUGGGAAACCUCCAUCUGGCCAAAAUGCAGUGGACCCUGGGGCAGAAAAACUUUGAAACGAUCCUGAAAAAUCCGGCCACCUCGAGCGACGCUUACUCGCUGAUUGCGCUGGGUAACUUUUGGCUGCAGAGCUUGCACCAGCCGAACCGCGACAAGGAGAAGGAAAAGAAGCACCAGGAGAAGGCGCUCGCCAUCUACAAGCAGGUGCUGCGGAACGAUCCGAAGAACAUCUGGGCCGCGAACGGGAUCGGGGCCGUGCUGGCGCACAAGGGCUGCAUCAUCGAGGCGCGGGACAUCUUCGCGCAGGUGCGUGAAGCGACGGCCGACUUUUGCGACGUGUGGAUCAACAUCGCGCACAUCUACGUGGAGCAGAAGCAGUACAUCAGCGCGAUCCAGAUGUACGAGAACUGUUUGAAGAAAUUCUACCGCCACAACAACGUCGAGGUGAUGCAGUACCUGGCGCGGGCCUACUUCCGUGCCGGGAAGCUGAAGGAGGCAAAGAUGACGCUGCUGAAGGCGCGCCGGGUUGCGCCGCAGGAUACGGUGCUGCUGUUCAACAUUGCGCUUGUCCUGCAGCGGCUGGCGACGUACGUGCUGCGUGACGAGAAGUCCGUGCUGAGCGUCGUGCUGCAGGCGGUGCACGAACUCGGGCUGGCCCACAAGUACUUUACCUAUCUGUCCGUGCACGGGGACAAGACGCGGUACAACAUUGCGCUGGCGGAAACGGAAGCGAACCAGUGCCAGGAUUUGCUGCAGCAAGCCCAGUACCAUGUGUCGCGGGCGCGUAAAAUCGACGAGGAGGAACGAUCGUUGCGCCAGAAGCAGGAGCUCGAGCGGGAAGAGUUCAAACGGCGCCAGGCGGACGAACGGCGCCGGAUGGAGGAGAUGCGCCGGAAGGCGCACGAGGAGAUGCUGCUCAAGCGCCAGGAGUACAAGGAAAAGACGAAGAACGCACUGUUCUUCGCGGAAGCACCGCCGGAAGCGAAGAAGAAGGGUGGCCGCGGCCGGAAGGACUACAUUUCCGACUCGGAUGCGAGCGGGGGUGAGGUCGGGAUGGGUGGCAGUGGUGGUGAGGAGGGAGCCGGUGCACCGAAGGAACGGAAGCGAAAGGGCGAGAAGAAGCCGCGCAAAUCGCAGGGUGGAGCGGGUGGCAGUCGGAAGCGGAAGGAGAAGGCACGCAGGGGGAGUGGAGGUGAUUCGGAGAGCGAGGACGAGGAGGAAGGAUCGCGCAAGCGCAAGAAGAAGGCAGCUGGCUCGGGCGGACAGAAGAAGCGUCAGAAGGCGAUGGACGAGGGACUGUCGCAGAAGCAGAAGGGACGCAUCCUGUCGAAGGCGACCGUUUCGACGAGCGAGUCGGAUAGUGACGAUAGUCGGUUGAAGAUUGCGAGCGGCGAUGAGUCGGGUGGUGGUGGUGGAGGAGAGUCGGGUGCGCCGGCCACGAAACGCAAGCGCCGGAUUGCGUCGGAUGAUGAGGAUUCGAGUGGAUCGCAGCGUAGGUCGAGGUCGCGCUCACGUUCCGGGUCGGGAUCACGGUCAAGAUCGGGAUCGCGGUCACGCUCUCGGUCCGGUUCGGGAAGUCGUGCCGGAAGUGCGAAAAGUGGUUCGCGCAGUCGUAGCCGAUCGCGUAGCCGCUCGGGAAGUGCGCGAGGAUCGAGGUCGAGAAGUCGUUCGGGCUCGGGUAGCCGUAGCCGGUCCGGUAGUCGUUCGCGCAGCCGCAGCCACAGUGCGGGCAGUCGAAAGAGUGGUGGCAGCCGUAGCCGAAGCCGUAGUCGUAGCCGCAGCGGAAGCCAGGGAAGUCGCCGGUCACGGUCCGGAUCACGAUCACGUUCACGGUCCCGUUCUGGUUCGGGCAGCAGACAAGCUUCACCGAUCCUGCGUAAAUCGGUGUCGGGUUCGGAAUCGGAGUAAAGGACAGUGGGUGUGUGUGUGUGUGUUUGUAAAAUAUCGGAUUUCUUGAUCAGACUUUUAUGUUAAAUACCAGCCUAGAAGAUAGACGGCAGAUCGAUUUUGGAGGGGUCUCGAUUGCCCGAAUGGCGCCUUAGGUUAAAGUUGAGCUAAACAAUAAACAAUUUAAAACCCAA